AUGAGUACCUACAACCCUCCCGCAUUCAGACACCUUGCACUGGAACAGCUGCUGAAGAAUGAUGCCAUAGACUUCUCUGAUCUGGAGAACCUGCCUGAUAUGCUCUUCCCACACCUCUUCAAAGAGGCCUUCAAUGGCAGACACACAGAGAUAUUGAAAGGAAUGGUGGUAGCCUGGCCCUUUCCCUACCUCCCUGUGGGACCAUUGCUGAAACCUGACAAUGUGGAGAUGAUGCAAGCUGUGCUGGCUGGCAUAGAUAAACUGCUGACAGAGAACAAUCUUCUCAAGGGGAAACUUCAAGUUUUGGACUUCAGAGAUGUGCAUCAGGAUUUCUGGGAUAUAUGGGCUGGAAGAGAGGAUGGAGUCUGCUCAGCAGAUAUUUUGAGCAAAAAGCAAGUUCCAGAGAGCAUUCCUGCACUGAGGCAGCCUUUACAGGUGGUCACUAACCUGAGCCUCUUCUUCUCUCUGAACAAACACCAAAAAUGCUUGCUCCAGUGGGCCCAAAAGAGCAAAGACUACUCUGUCCAGCUAAUCUGUCUGAAGAUGACAAUUUUUGACUUGCCCCCAGAGAUUAUCAUAGAGGUCUUGAACAUUUUCCAGCCAAACUAUAUUGAGGAAUUGGAAGUACACACAAAGCAAGUCCUGUCCUUCCUAUGUUUCUUUGCACCUUUCCUUGGACAGAUGAGACAUCUUCUCAAAUUUGAUCUAAAUCAAAUCGACUUUGAAUUUAGUGUCGUAGAUACAAUGACAGAUGCAAAGAAGUGUGCUGCCAAAUUCCUUUCUCAAUUCUCCAAACUCAACCAUCUCCGGCAUCUCUACAUGAAUGGUGCCUACUUUUCCUAUGACAACAUGAAAGAGUUGUUCAGGUAA